CGUGAUGUGUGAACCAUGUGAAUUAUGAGUGGGCUUUGCUCGAGCCAUCAUGGUGUUCCAUUAGCAGAAUGACCAGGACAACGCCUUUAGGGAAGGACAGCGUGUUUGGGAGGACCACUCCUUUCACUCCGCCGGUUGUAGGCGGUUCUGCUUCUCCACCUCCUGUUGCUGGUAGGCAUGCAGCUGCUGCUGCUGUUGUUGGAGUAGCUGUUCUUGCUGGCAGCACAGCUGCUGCUGCCAUUGUAGGUGGAGAUGGUGCUGUUGCAGUAAUGCCGCUUGCUGUUGUUGCUGGUGGUGUUGCUCCAGCUGCGCCUGUAACAGAAGUCGAAGGUGCUCCUGGAGGCAYGCCUGGUACAUCUCGUUUUGGUCAUGCCUUUGUUGUGCCUGGCAUUGCCCUUGUUGCAGCAUCUAUAGUUGCAUGUGAUCCUGGUGCUUCUGCUGGUGCUGUUGUUGGAUGUGCUGGCGGCUCAUCAACGCUUGCUUCUGUUGUUCUUGCAGUUGGUGUUGUUGUUGUUGUUGUUGUUGCAUUCUCUGGUGGUUGUCGCGCUGUUUCAGGUCCUGUUGCGUCUUUUGUUGUGCCAGUUUUUCCUGUUGGUGGAUCAACUGCAAGCGUUGUUGCUCCUGGAGAGUUCGCUUGUGGUGCAGUUCCAUUUGUAUGUGGGGCCGGGCCAACGGAUGUCCCCUGGGAGCAUCCCGUUCGUGGUUCUGCCUUUGCUCGUGGUGGGCAAGCUCCAGGGGUUGUCCAGGCACUAGCUGUGGUGGGUUUUGACAAGAGUGUUGAAGCCCACCAGUGUGUUGUUGCAUCUCCAGGUGCGGUGGGUUGUGACACGAUUGUUGAAGCCCAUCAGUGUGUUGCUGCACCUCCAGCUGCGGCGGGUUGUGGCAAGACUGUUGAGGCCCACCAGUGUGCUGCUGCACCUCCAGCUGUGGUGAGUUGUGAGAGGAUUGUUGAAGCCCAUCAGCGUGCCGCUGCACCUCCAGCUCCAGUACCAUCUCGAUCUGCGGCGGAGGGAGAUCGUCAGGCACUCGCCUUCGUUGCUGCGUCACCAACUGCACCCCAUCAACGGCCUCCCCAGGUUGGGCGGCCCUGACCUCAGCAUUUUGUAUCUGCAGGUGUUGGGGCGCGGGCAGUCCUUGGUGGUUGAUCAAGUCCCCCAUUGUCCC